AUGUCGCCAGCGGCUAUUCCAAAGAUUAAUCUCGUGCGCAUUGCGCAUGUAUACUAUAAUCAUGCGGAUCUCGAAAAGGCACAUCAAUUCAUGCUCGAUUUCGGUCUCCAAGUGGCGAAACAAACAGAGGAUUGUAUCUACUACAACGGGCUUUGCUCUGAGCCAUUCGUCUAUUGUGCCACUAAAAGCGACAGCAACUCUUUCGGGGGUGCAGCGUUUGUCGUCGAGUCACUUGCAGAUUUAGAGUUGGCGUCACAAACGCUCCCCAAGGCAACUAGCAUUCAUGAUGUCGAUGCUCCAGGUGGCGGGAAGAGAGUUACCUUUUAUGAUCCUGUUGACGGGUUUCCAUUUCAUCUGGUAUAUGGUCAGACUCCAAAGGAAGUUUCGCCUCGACCAUCACAAUUGGAAUACAACUUUCCCCAAGAAAAGCACAGGGAGGUGAACAAGACCCAGAGGUUUAAACCAGGACCGGCCAUGGUGGACAAGCUGGGUCAUUUUGGAUGUUGCGUUACCAAUUUUGAGCAGUCGUUCAACUUUUACACCACUCGUUUUAACCUCAAACCCAGUGACUUGAUCCACGACAGCACGGGCAAGGACAUUACUACGUUUCUUCAUUUGGAUCGUGGAAUGACUCAAGUUGAUCAUCACACCUUUUUCUUUUUUGAAGGUCCCAAGUUUCAUGUACACCACUCCAGCUUCGAGGUGCACGAUUUUGAUGUGCAGUCUCUGGGCCAUCAGUGGCUGCGAGACAAGGGCUACGAAUUAGUUUGGGGGGUUGGAAGACACGUUCUUGGCUCACAAAUCUUUGACUACUGGUUUGACACGUCCAAAUUCAUCUUGGAGCAUUACGCGGAUGGAGACCUUGUUGACGAGACUACGCCCAUCGGUAGAGAGGAAGCCGGCCCUGAUAACUUGCACAUUUGGGGGCCGCCUCUGCCUUCCACCUUUUUAGAGUAA